AGAAAUAAAAUAUUACAGAGGUAUUACAAAAAUAAAUCAAAGAGAGCACACAUGGAAAUAGUUUUAAUAGCUUUCUUGUUAGUGGAGUAAUUAAUGGUUUUUAUAUAUUGUUUGACCUCAUUGUUAAAAAUAGAGAAGAGUGGUUUUUGGGCAGUGUAUCUGCAUUUAUGGAUAUGCCAUUUUGCCAAAUAUAUGAUCAGAUUAAUUACAUAAAAAUGUCCUUUUUUUGUUGGUGGAUAGUCAAUGAAGCCAACCAAUACAAGUCUGUUUACUUGUUCUCAUUCUUGUUGGCUCCGCCCGCGUCUUCCUCCUGUUACCUAGUCAACCGUGACGUCACGGCACCGCCCAUUGGACAGUUUAGUUUCACUUCUUGAGCUCGCGGAGCCGCGGCGUCCUCUCCCUCCGUCGAAAGCAGGUUGUUGUGUUGGUGUGACGGUGGGGGCUCUGCUAUGGAUCAGUGUGAGGACAGAGAGGAGGAAGCCCCUCCCUCUGAAACCUCUCUGUGUGGGCAACAUGACAGCACGACCACAGCUCAGAGGAUCCAUCAGAGACCUAAAUCUCCUGAUCCCAGCUGUGUGUCCUUCAAGAGCGACCGGUCGAAGGAGAUUGUUACUAAUUUUAAACAAAGACAUUUAUCUGAUAAAAAGAUCCAUCAGAGACCUAAAUCUCCUGAUCCCAGCUGUGUGUCCUUCAAGAGCGACCGGUCGAAGGAGAUUGUUACUAAUUUUAAACAAAGACAUUUAUCUGAUAAAAAGAUCCAUCAGAGACCAGACUCUCCUGGACCUGGUUCUGAGCCUGAACCCAGCUGUGUGUCCAUGAAGAGUGACAACAGUAUGAAGUUACCUUUAUCCUUCAAAGAUAAACUCCAGUGGGUCGAUCAAAGAGUGGACCAGGAGAGCUCAGAGGUUCCCAGGUCUCAGUCUGCCCAGCAGCAUCAAACACAGCUGGACUCCAUAUUUAUGCUGCUGGAGGAGAACAUGGUCACUUUUGUCAAGAACGAGCUGAAGAAGAUGCAGAAGCUUCUGAGUCCAGAUUACCCAGAAUCCUCAGGGAGUCAGAGGGAGGAUGAGGAGGUGUUGGACGGUGAGGAUGAAGAGCAGAGGAGGAGCAGCAGAGAGGCGUUUGAGAAGAUCACAGUGAACUUCCUGAGGAGAAUGAAGCAGGAGGAGCUGGCUGACUGUCUGCAGAGCAAACUUUUUGCUGCAGUUUGUCGACGUGAACUCAAAUCUAACCUGAAGAAGAAGUUCCAGUGUGUGUUUGAGGGGAUCGCUAAAGCAGGAAACCCAACCCUUCUGAACCAGAUCUACACAGAGCUCUACAUCACAGAGGGAGGGACUGGAGAGGUCAAUGAUCAACAUGAGGUCAGACAGAUUGAAACAACUUCCAGGAAACCAGUCAGACCAGAAACAACCAUCAGACAAGAAGACAUCUUUAAAGCCUCACCUGGAAGAGACGGACCAAUCAGAACAGUGAUGACAAAGGGAGUGGCUGGCAUUGGGAAAACAGUCUUAACACAGAAGUUCACUCUGGACUGGGCUGAAGACAAAGCCAACCAGGACAUACAGUUCACAUUUCCAUUCACCUUCAGAGAGCUGAAUGUGCUGAAAGAGAGAAAGUUCAGCUUGGUGGAACUUGUUCAUCACUUCUUUACUGAAACCAAAGAAGCAGGAAUCUGCAGGUUUGAUCAGUUCCAGGUCGUGUUCAUCUUUGACGGUCUGGAUGAGUGUAGACUUCCUCUGGACUUCCACAACACUGAGAUCCUGACCGAUGUUACAGAGUCCACCUCAGUGGACGUGCUGCUGACAAACCUCAUCAGGGGGAAACUGCUUCCCUCUGCUCGCCUCUGGAUAACCACACGACCUGCAGCGGCCAAUCAGAUCCCUCCUCAGUGUGUUGACGUGGUGACAGAGGUCAGAGGGUUCACUGACCCACAGAAGGAGGAGUACUUCAGGAAGAGGUUCAGAGAUGAGGAGCAGGCCAGCAGGAUCAUCUCCCACAUCAAGACAUCACGAAGCCUCCACAUCAUGUGCCACAUCCCAGUCUUCUGCUGGAUCACUGCUACAGUUCUGGAGGAGGUGUUGAAAACCAGAGAGGGAGGAGAGCUGCCCAAGACCCUGACUGAGAUGUACAUCCACUUCCUGGUGGUUCAGUCCAAACUGAAGAAUGUCAAGUAUGAUGGAGGAUCUGAGACAGAUCCACACUGGAGUCCAGAGAGCAGGAAGAUGAUUGAGUCUCUGGGAAAACUGGCUUUUGAUCAGCUGCAGAAGGGAAACCUGAUCUUCUAUGAAUCAGACCUGACAGAGUGUGGCAUCGAUAUCAGAGCAGCCUCAGUGUACUCAGGAGUGUUCACACAGAUCUUUAAAGAGGAGAGAGGCCUGUACCAGGACAAGGUGUUCUGCUUCAUCCAUCUGAGUGUUCAGGAGUUUCUGGCUGCUCUUCAUGUCCAUCUGACCUUCAUCAAGUCUGGACUCAAUCUGAUGUCAGAAGAACAAUCAACCUCCCGGUGGUCUGAACUGUUUAGAAACUAUUCAACACUCUUCUACCAGAGAGCUGUGGACAAGGCCUUACAGAGUCCAAACGGACACCUGGACUUGUUCCUCCGCUUCCUCCUGGGUCUUUCUCUGCAGACCAAUCAGACUCUCCUACGAGGUCUGAUGUCACAGACAGGAAGUGGCUCACAGACCAAUCAGGAAACAGUCCAGUACAUCAAGAAGAAGAUUGAAGAGACUCCCUCUGCAGAGAAAAGCAUCAACCUGUUCCACUGUCUGAAUGAACUGAAUGAUCGUUCUCUAGUGGAGCAGAUCCAACAGUCCCUGAGAUCAGGACGUCUCUCCACAGAUAAACUGUCUCCUGCUCAAUGGUCAGCUCUGGUCUUCAUCUUACUGUCCUCAGAAGAAGAUCUGGACGUGUUUGACCUGAAGAAAUACUCUGCUUCAGAGGAGGCUCUUCUGAAGCUGCUGCCAGUGGUCAAAGCCUCCAACAAAGCUCUACUGAGUGUCUGUAACCUCUCAGAGAGAAGCUGUGAAGCUCUGUCCUCAGUCCUCAGCUCCCAGUCCUCCAGUCUGAGACACCUGGACCUGAGUAACAACAACCUGCAGGAUUCAGGAGUGAAGCUGAUCUCUGCUGGACUGGAGAGUCCACACUGUGCACUGGAGACUCUCAGACUGAGUGUCUGUAACCUCUCAGAGAGAAGCUGUGAAGCUCUGUCCUCAGUCCUCAGCUCCCAGUCCUCCAGUCUGAGACACCUGGACCUGAGUAACAACAACCUGCAGGAUUCAGGAGUGAAGCUGAUCUCUGCUGGACUGGAGAGUCCACACUGUGCACUGGAGACUCUCAGACUGAGUGUCUGUAACCUCUCAGAGAGAAGCUGUGAAGCUCUGUCCUCAGUCCUCAGCUCCCAGUCCUCCAGUCUGAGACACCUGGACCUGAGUAACAACAACCUGCAGGAUUCAGGAGUGAAGCUGAUCUCUGCUGGACUGGAGAGUCCACACUGUGCACUGGAGACUCUCAGUCUGUCAGGAUGUCUGGUCACAGAGGAAGGCUGUGCUUCUCUGGCCUCAGCUCUGACAUCCAACCCCUCCCAUCUGAGAGAGCUGGACCUGAGCUACAAUCAUCCAGGAGACUCAGGAGUGAAGCUGCUGUCUGCUGGACUGGAGGAUCCACACUGGAGACUGGAGACUCUCAGGGCGGAGCCUGGUGGAGUCCCAUGGUUGACUCCAGGUCUGAGGAAGUAUUCCUGUGAACUCACAAUCGACACAAACACAGUUCACAGAAGGAUCAAACUGUCUGACAACAACAGGAAGGUGACACGUGUGGUGGAGGAUCAGUCAUAUCCUGAUCAUCCAGACAGGUUUGACCUUCGACCUCAGCUGCUGUGUUCAACUGGUCUGACUGGUCGCUGUUACUGGGAGGUCGAGUGGAGAGGAGGGGUUCAUAUAUCAGUGAGUUACAGAGGAAUCAGAAGGAAAGGAGUCAGUAGAGACUGUUGGUUUGGAGAGAACGAUCAGUCCUGGAGUCUGUUCUGCUCUGAUGGUCGUUACUAUGUCCAACACAAUGAGGAAAUCACUCCCCUCUCCUCUUCCUCCUCCUCUUCCUCUUCCUCCUUCUCCUCCUCCUCUCACAGAGUAGCAGUGUAUGUGGACUGUCCUGCUGGCUCUCUGUCCUUCUACAGAGUCUCCUCUGACUCACUGAUCCACCUCCACACCUUCAACACCACCUUCACUGAACCUCUGUAUCCUGGGUUUGGACUCUGGUAUCAUGAGUCUUUUUCUUCUGUGUGUCUGUUGUAGACAGAACCUCCUCCUGUUGGAGAAACUGUCUCACUGCUGACCAGAUAGUUCAGUCUGUACAGGAUCACACACAGCUGAUGUUAUUUAAAACCAACAUGGUUUCCACAUGGUUUCCAGUUUGUUGUUGUUUUCUGUGACAGUCUGUCGUUAACGAUUGCAGAUGUAUCCAGAGGUUUUCCAUGUAGAUCCUGAACAUCAGGCACAAACAUGGUCUGCAUGGAUCACUUCAUAGAUUUUCAUACUGAACAGCAACAUAACAUCACGUCACUGUUAACAUGUCAUACAAACAACCUCCUGUGUCUCUCUGCCCAUGUUUGGCACUGGCAACAACAUGAGCAAAACUCCACACAAGCUAAAAUCAAGACUCAGCUGUGGAGACAAAACCAAAGAUUUAAAGUGUUGGUCUGGAACAACUAGAAAUCAGUCACAGAGGAGGAGCCAGAGAAAAAUGAAGAGAGAUAUAUUCCCUCAGAACUACAGUGUAUAACCUUACUGGUAUUUGACACUUUUAACUGGUGUCCUGUUUUUCCUCCUGUAUAUUUUACCUUUGCUUUUAUUUGAUGUAUUUUCAUUUCAGUUCUUUCAUUUGAUUGUGAAGCUCUUCAUGUCUGUGAGAAAUGUUUUAUAAGUAAUAAUACUGCUGAACGGCCGAGUUGAAGACAAUCCAGUGGUCUUCCUGUAAAUAACUGUGUUGCUUUGGGACCAUAGACUGUAAAUUUCACACGGUUCCAACUGAACAAAUUAUCACUAAAUAUAAAUAACAAUAAUAUAUUUCUUCAUAUUUGCAGGAAGAACAAAUUAUAAUAAAAAUGAUGUUGAAAAUCAAUGUUGAAAGGAACAAAUUGAUUGUGUGUAAAAAAGAAAUUAAAUCUGUAGGAAUCAUUAGGAAAAUGUC